CACAUCUACACUACACUUCACUAUCUUCCUUUCCCGUCUCCCUUGAACAAGAGCAAUGGGUGGUGCAUCUUGUAAAUCCUUGUAGUCUCUAUUCUGUUUGGUGCUGUUGUUCUGAGCUUCGGUUCCGGCGAUUUCUACCGCGACGCGGAGAUCACGUGGUGGAAGGCGGGCGGCAAGUCACUCUCUCGCUAGACCAAUACUCUCUCUGGCUCCGGUUUCCAAUCCAAGAAUGAAUACUUAUUUGGUAGAUUCGAUAUGCAGAUGGAGCUCGUCCCUGGAAACUCCGCUGGAAUACUUUCUUCUUGUCGUCUCAAGGAGCAGGACACGAUCGAUGAAAUCGACUUCAAAUUUCUGGGGAAUUCAACCACCAACGUUUUUGCCGGCGGAAAAGGCGAUAAGGAACAGCAAUUCCGCCUCUGGUUCGAUCCGACUUCAUCUUUCCACACCUAUUCCAACGCAUCAUAUUUAUGGUGGGACAACAUUCCGAUCAGAGUGUGACGAAGCCAUCGGGACUCCGUUCCCUAAAACGCAGGCGAUGAGAGUUUACUGCAGCUUGUGGAACGCCGACGACUGGGGCCGUGUCAAGGCGGAUUGGAGCGACUUCAACAUCAACUCCGCCGUUGGUGAUUCCGCCAACAAUGCUGGCAGACGCAGGACCUUGACGCCCAAGGCAGAAACAGGCUCCUAAGAUGGGUUCAGCAAAACUAUAUGAUCUACAACUACUGCUCUGAUUCUAACCGCUUUGCUCAACGAUUCCCUCCCGAGUGCAACCGCUCCCCAUUUUGAAUCACUCAUUCUUUUUAUUUCCCUUAAUCAUUCAUUCUUUUAUUUUGUUUACUGAUUAAUCAAUUGAACUUAAUAUCU